GCUUUCAGUUUCACGAGAGACCUCCAACAGAAUACAUCGAAUUUCGGCGAGAGAUUUGCAGCUCAAGAAGAAGAAAGAAGGAAAACCUCUGCGAGUCACCUCCACGCAAAAGUGCACCAAAAAGCGUUGUUAAAAAAACAAAACAAAGUGAUUUUAAAAGCCAGGUUCAUUGGACGCCCGAGCCAAUCGAGAGACAAAGUGAAACGACCUCGCACAACGCGCGCAAAAAGAGAGAAAGAAAGAAAAACACACACCCACAUUACAAACACAAUUCACAUCCCGUUGAUUGGCACUGCAGUUCGCAAAAAUAGUAACGAAACACCGCACAGCACAGACAUGGAUGUUUGGGGAUUCUGCGUCAGCGACACCACAAUGGCAUAUGGCGGGUCCAUGCGCAGCGGCUACUACCGCGACUACGAGGAGUUCCCCUAUGGUACCCUGGAGUCCACCACUUCCUCACACGCGGUCAAGGACUGCUACAGUCGAGUGCAAGAAAAGUGCAAGCAGAUAAAGUCCGAGAAGCAGAUGCGCAAGGACUGCCCAUUCUGCAAGGAGCACAAGAAGCGGCCGCUCAUCAACUACAUGCGCAAGCGGGAGCAAAGGAAGCACCAUGACAGCAUCUGCGAGGACGAGGAGGACAUGCACGAGCACGAGCAUGAGCUGGAGCACACCCACAAUCACAGCCAGUCGACCGUCCUUGCCGCCCCGCAAAGCUGCAAGGUGUGAGUGGGAGCGAGACGAAUCUACUGCGGACGGUGCCCGCAGCAUUCGCGAAAUGCCAUAUAUGUAUACAGAUGUGUAACCUAACCCAGAAGAAAGGAAACCUGAAAGAGUAAGAACAAAAACAAAAACAAAGAAAACCCGAGGAGAAAAGAGAAAAAGCUGUCGAAGACGAAGAUUGCGCGAGAGAGCGAGACAGCAGCCUGCAGCUACAAUAAUCUAAGGCAACUGUACCCCUAUUUUUUUUAAAAUGGUUGCCCAGCAUUUCCGCGUUGCGAAUACACUACCAUUUACAAAAGCCAGAACCACUUGAUACCAAUUUACAACUACCUUUUUCAUUAUCUAGCCCUUCGUUUUUACACCAACUUCGCAGUUAUGUACAACUACAAACGGCACUUUGUUUACCGACAAACAAUAGCGCACGACGAAAAAAUCAAGUAACGAAAACCUGCCCCGCUUGACCAACGCAUUUUUUGACCUUAGGCAAAAAAAAAAAAAAAAAAUUAUAUAUGUAACACAAGGGAAGCAAAAACUGAAUUUUCUAUUUUGCAUACGAGACUGAGUAAAUUGCAGUAGAAAAUUUUUAAGCGAAAUUUUUGUUAUUUUCGUUGCUUUAGUUUGGACCCAAUUGGAUCAGUUACAGGUAUUACCAUAUAAGAAAGAAAUAAUGAAAACUAUAACGAUCAAUCAAGGUUUUGCAACUGUUAUUUUCUCGAUAUAUGCGUAGUACAUACUUUGGACCCCGAUUUUUAUUGUAUCCUUGUCUAUAUUAGACAUUCCCCUAUAUUUAUUGUAAUACCAACUGAGCGUUGCACAGUCCGAGCAAGUGUCAAAAUGAAAUCAAAUCGAAAUAUGUAUGUAAAAGUUGAAAUUGUUCAAAAGUUUAUGCCUGGUUACAUUUUGUUAACUCAACUUGUCGUUACAGAACAGAAAUUGUUAUUAAUUUUUGGUGUUCAGACUCAGCUGUGCAAAAAGACGGACGGAAAUAUUAUAAAAACGAUUUAACAAUUGCAUUAGUCAUUUAAGUAAUUGAUCAAAAUGUAAUGAUUUGUGUAAAAUUUGCUUGCAGGUUCCAAGAAAAUUUUCAAUUUAUACAAUGUUAUAUAUCAUAUAUAUUAUAUAUUAAUGGUUAGUUUAAAUUAUAUGUAAACCGAAUAAAACGACAAAUGAUUGAAAAAUUUAA